AACUCCGAGGAAACCUUAGAGUUUUCCCUCUAAUCAACGUUUGGUGAGUAGACAUAUAUUUUACUUUAACAAUUUGUUUAAAUUGCACCAAAUGUAACAGGGAAAGACAGAGGAAAGUAGCAUGAGGAUCGACGCAGCUGAGCGUUUCGCGUUUUCAUUUAUUUACGGCAAUGCUCAAUUUCGCACAAAAACCCAGUCUACAUUUAGGACGAAAAACGUAGAUUCAUCACUCUUGGUAAGGUUACACUGAAGCAUUAAAGUUACACUGAAGCAUUCAAAAUAGCUCAUGCACGUUUAACGUGCCUAUGUUCCUGAGUUGGCUAUGGUUUUCCAAAUAGCUUUGUUGUAUUCCCAUAAGCUUAUGGACAGCUAUUUCCUUUUCGGGAGACAGGGUCUUCCAUGAAAGCCAACUGACUUCUGCAAGUCGAGAUUGCCAACAUAAUAUGCCAUUUGAGGGAAUCUUCAGAGAGAGUAAGAUCUGAUACAAAUCCCAAGAAAGUGGCUUAGGUAUGAUACAGUUGGGUUUUGGGUUGGGAACCAGUCUGCCCAACUUUCAAGUCUUCAGUAGCUUAAGCGCCUCUUGUUAGUAACGUGUGCACACUCCGAGCAGAGUAUACUUUUUCCUUCUUCUUGAUCUACGCCCAAAGCGAGCAAGCGAAAGAAAGGCUCUGCUGAUAGGAUAGUCAACUGUGGUACUAAAUUGUUUCUUUCUUGUUUUACUUUGCAGGGAAAAAAGCCGCAUGGCCAAAAAGGCUGGCAGCGAUCCCGAAGAACGGCAGCUGUUCCAUGGAACUAAAUCCGAGACUGCUAACGCCAUCUGCCAGCAGGGCUUUGACUGGCGAGUGUGCGGCAAGCACGGCACAAAGUAUGGAAAGGGAAGUUAUUUCGCAUGUAAGGCCAACUACUCACACCGCUUCACUGCCAGUCAGUUAAGGGGUAAAAAACAAAUGUUUUUGGCUAGAGUAUUGGUAGGUUCCUACACUAAUGGUGACAGUUCAAUGAAUCGGCCACCACCCAAGAACCCCUUUAGCCCUCACGUUCUGUUUGACUCGUGCUGUGAUAAUAUGACCAACCCUGCCUUGUUUGUCGUCUUUGAAAACAGCCAGUCUUACCCAGAAUUUUUGAUCACUUACAUGUAAUCAGUCCGACAGAGAUUGCCAUGAGAUCCACGGUCAGCUCAUUGCUUAAAUACUUAAAUAGUGCAUGUUAAUAUAGGCGUAAGCAAGCCAUCUAGCAUUCAACCUUGCCUUCCCCCUGUAUGGUGUUUACCCAGGCCUUCUCGGUCAAUUCACUUUGAUAACAAUGAUUAAAUAUGAUCAAAAGCGCGUUUCCGAGGCGAACGGACCACGUGAUCCGAAACGCAAUUGGCCGCGCGGGACAAGGCAACAAUUCAACCGAUACGCUGUUUGAGUAAUCAGCGUUGAAAAAAGGUAUAAUUCGGUGUCCAUAAAACUACUGAUGUUUUACCAUAAACAUGGUGUAAAACGUUUGUUAAAAUCAUAACGAAUGUCAACAACCUUUGAAAAACAAUAAAAACAAACAAACCAAAAAAAAAACAAACAAAAACAAAGAAAAGAAAAUAAUUAAAACCACAUUGACAUGGCAAAGCCAAGUCCGUAAAAUGUUAGAAAACUGCAACAGGGAACUCUAGGGUCCUAUCCGAAAUACUGUGCAAAACAAUAAUAGCGUAAGCUUAGCGUCAGAUGACGUUCUCGAGUGACAUUGCUUUUUGUGUUCGCUGCGAACCUUUCCACGUGAAUAGAACAUACCCGCAUUCCAGUGAACAAAUGCACCAUCUCGAGGCUUGGGCUGGCAGGGGCUACAUUAACACUAGAGGUGAUUUUUAAGAUUUUUGAAUCCGAGAUAAAAACGUCACGACUUGGUCAAUUUUGAGUCUGAACUCUAAGUGCUAGGAAUACUUUGUACCCGAUUACUCUUAACUUCGCGAUGUUUUGUAGAGUAAACAAUUCUUCCAGAGAAUCUGGAUACUUUUCCGCCUUCGAUCGUGCGAGUUUGCGGUAAAACCAAGACGAAACGACUGCGAGGGCACCGAAAACGUCACUACGCCAACAAAUCGGGAAACAAUGUGAAUGUAACAAUAACAACAACAACAACUUUAUUAACGCAAUGAAGUACAUACAGCAUACAGACUAGCUACAUUUAGCAAAAGCUAUUCGAGGCAGACAGUAUGGGGACGCUGUACGUGAAAAAUGUCGUCUAGUGUAAACAUACCCAGAAUAAAGCAAUUGUAAAGAAAUUUGUCCACCUAAGCCUCGAAUUCGUGUUAGUGUGUGUGCACAGAAAGAAACAGUGAUAUCAAUUAUACUGCACUACGAAAAUAAAACGUUCAGUCUAAAGAGGUCUAUUGGCGUUCCCUGAAAAGGGCGUGGCAGUUGCCUGAAAAAUGAUUUUAAACUUGUGGUCUACUGUUCUACUUUAGAGAAUAAUGUUUUUUUUUUAUACUCGAAGGACUAUUUUUAGAGUUUAAAGAAGACUAAGGCUCUGUUCGUACUAUACCGGAUAGGUCUUGCGCGCACACAAAAACCACACCAGACACAAAAACCACACCAGACGGAGCUUCUGUUCACGCAAAACAACGGUGAUCUCGGCGCAAAUUCUGUAACGGAAUGAAGCUACGCCGCGCCGGUCUCUACCACCGUAGCGGAAGUAAAUGUGUAGGAGCGUGGACUGGAACCAACUGAGACGGAAGUAAAUUCCGUGCACCAAUCCCUCUCGGCCAAUACGAUGUUCGAUUGGGGGAAAAGACUUGUUAUAGUUCUGUGCUGUUGCCGUUCAUACUGCGGUAUUGAAUAGCUUUUCAUGUUACCACCAAAGCUAUCCGGUAUAGCGUAGAAGUAGCCUUUUGCAUUGCUUUGGGUGGAUUCAUUUCCAGCGUACGCGUAUUGCCAUCCCAUUUGCCCGUUGGUAUUGUUUUCAAAACAAUGAAAAAUUACUAUGGGAUGCAACGGGUAUACCCGUAUACCGCAAAUAAAUCCACUCAAAGUAUUGAUGCAAUAAAUUCUUUUUAGAUUUAUUUUAGACAUUACCUUUUUGAGCUGAGAGUAGUGUUAUUUCCCAUUAAAAAAAAAAUAGAAGAAAAAUAGAAGGCAUUAAGUUGGCAAAACAGAGAAACAACUAGGUCAUUUAUGUCAACGCAAAUAAAUAAUUUACCUGAUUUAGUUCUAGUCGUAGUCAAUAGUGGGAUAGCUGAGCUAAAUCCAUUUUAGAUUGACCUUUGUAAAGCGGUUUUUUACAGAUAAUUUUAGACUGAAGCAAGACAACUCUUUUUGUCCAUAUAGUCACUCACACUUGCGACAGGGACAUGUUCAAUUUCCAUACGAUUAAGGUUACAGGGUACAAAGAGAGGAGAAAACAAACACGUCUUUAAAUUUUCUCUGUAUUGCUACUAGGAUUCGCUAUCAGUUUGGGCAAGUUGCGGGCAAAAAGCAGUCCAAAGUUUCAGCUGACGGCGACUAAACAGUUUUCCUUUUCAAAAGUAAAAGUAUUCUAGUUAAAGAUCACCGUCAUGGUAGUGUUUAAGUUAUGGACAAUCAGUUUUUACCAAGUCUUUAUGCAAGUUGUCGACAACUUAGUACAAGCUGAACCCCAGCGCUAGCCCUUACAACAGUUGAAUGGGAUUUUCUUGUUCCUUAAGUUGCAUGUAAAAGAAACCGCUCU